AUGCUCACAAUUAAAUUAAGGGAUAAUACGGGGGACUGCUAUACGUCAGUGUAUCCUGAAACACUAAUUAGGGAACUAAAACAAAAGUCAUAUCCGUUACAGUGGUCUCGAGGAGAUGAUAUUAUUUUUUUAUUUAUGGGGAAUGAACUUGGUGAUGACUUAACGGUCGAACAGUGUAGAAUUACUGAAGGGUCAUGUAUUAUUGUGAGUUUUAUUAAAAACACAGAUGGUCAUAAUCAACAAAGACCAGCACCAAGAACAUUUAAUUAUCAAUACCAAAGGGCAGAGCAUAUACAAAGAGAUUCAGAAGAAUGUAUUGAAUUAAUGAUGGAAUGUAUUACACCAUCUACAUUAUUUAUGUUUUUUGGAUUAAUUCUCAUUGGAUUAAUUUUAGGUAGGUUAUUCUUCCCAUUACUAUUUACUAAAGGGUCUGACUUUGUCAUUACAUUGUUGUUGAUCAUUUAUGUCAUUUCAUUAUUCAAAUUCUUUAUUAUAAGAAGAUAA